AUGCUGUUAAACCUCGUUAGAACCUCAGCAUCCGUUUCACCAAAAAAAACUGACGUAUCUGUACAAAUUGGCACAAAAGGUCUCAGUACUAUGGAUGUCAUUACUCUCUUCCCUAAAGAAACUGAGGUGCUCAGCCGCAACUCUUACCAACGGUGGACCAAGUCUGGUCAAGAUGCGUUAAAUUCUCAAGAAACUGAAGUGCUCAGUCGCAACUCUUACCAGCGAUGGACAAAGUCUGUCCAAGAUGCGUUAGAUUCACCAGAAUCCGUGUGCAACAAAGCCAAAUCCGUGAAACGAAGAAGUGAGCUACCGCGCCCGUUCACUCCCGCACUCCGGUACACCUAG